CGGCCGUCUUUUAGAAAAGUACAUACAUCAUCGCUGUAUAAGUAAUUCGCAUUCCCAUUUUGUUCCAAUUCGGUUCGCAUAUGUUGUCGCUUAUCAAUUGUGGACGGAUGAAUUCGGAACAUAUACAACUUUCCUUCAAUGGCAGCGUGAAGACGUUAUAACGAGCAUGGGAGGUCGUCAGACAUGGUAUGCAAGGUUGCUCUUGUGGAGUAUUGCCUAUAAAAUUGGUGGUCUAAAACGAUUUGGGUGGUGGAGAGCCCUGGAAGAUCUUUUUUUUCUCUUUUUUUUUUUCUUCUUUCGAGUGCCAAUUCAGCUUCGUCGCUAUGUCGAUAUCAGACCCCUUCUCAAAUCCCUCCCUCCAAAACUGGUCAUGCCGCCGUGGUCCCCUUUCCGCUUGGUGGGGGUAUUCCCUAGGCCUUUUCGCUAGGCCAUUCAACCAAGUCGGGAAAAUCAGGAUGAUUCAUUGAUGUGUUGUACAAAGAUGCUAGUGGUCGAUCCCGAAAAGAGGGGUGUCUGGGACGAAUGCUUAGGAGAAGGGGAUACCGGUAGGAAGACUGAAUCGAAAGUGUACAAUCGUACAACCGAGCCGGCAUCAAUGGACCUUGGUGGCUUUUCGUGGCCUUCGACGUAUGUAUAUCUACGUAUAUCUGCGUAUAUCUACGUAUCGCAUGACCAGGUUUUGCACUGCGAGCACUCGAGGGUUAUGUAUAAGUGAGAUUGAUACCCAAGUGUCUCAAGACCCUGCCUGCGAUGACUUAGUCUAUCCGAAGGCUAACCAAAGACGAACCGACAACUACACGCUCUACACUUAUUUAGCUUCCUAUCAGCGUCUAUAAGCACUAGCUUCCGCUUAGGAAUAUACGUCAGCGACGAUUCUCUAUAACAACAUUGAACGAAUGAAGGGGAAAUAGUCAGAAUUGGCGAGUUAUAAAUUGCAUAGGACACAUGUAUGACUUCACAUACACGUGGAGCCAUCUAAGCAUCUAAGCAUCUAAGCAUGAAUCCUUCCUAUAUCUGCACAUACACCGCUGUCCCAUUGCGCUCACCGACUUUACAUCAUUGCAUCCGCAGAUACCGUCUUGCUACAACAAGGCUGGUAAACAACCCUUAUGCCCUAUGUACCUACAUGUGUCUACAUAUGUAGAUAAGUUCCCGAAUGCAGUUCGCAACUUAGGUUCCUAUUCCAUUCCCAGGAUCUUCCUGACUUCGCCUGCUUUGACAGGUCAUAUAUUUAGAAUAGCAUUAUUCCUUGACGUUGCCCUAAGCGCGAAACCCGGGCCGGACCUAAGCUAACGCAAGAGUUAUCCGCUUGCCAACAUCGACGGCUAGUCAUGUGGGCCAACGAAGCACUAUACAUAUCACUACCUAUACAUAUCGUAGCUAGGUAGAUAUUCAUAACACAUAGUAGCGCAUGGUAAACAUACACAAACACGAGCACGAGCCGUACAUGAUCGGAGACGUACCAGAUGUCCAUGGGUUCGUAUGAUAAUAUUAAAAAAAGAUAUGACGUGUGAAGAGUAAAGCGAACACCCUUAAGGAGAAACGAACCGGUUCACCAAAGCGAGUUCGCCAACCUACAUCACAAAUCCUGCAAUCAUGUACGGAAUGUCAUAUCAUAUACGUAUAGUCAGCUUAUAAGUCAGAAGUUAGAAGUCUUCUCGAAAAGUUCACCCAACCUCUCAGUCUAUCACAUCCCGUCACAUCCCCCUGUCGAACACCACCGGCGAUGCGUUGUCCAAGGGGGUUAGAGAAUGUCGUCAGCCCACGCUAGGUAGAUCAACAGUUUAGGGCUGGACCCAAGCCAAGAUCCCGCUUUGCUCGAUCCCCUCCCCCUCCCAUCCCGCAAAUACC